AUGGCCCGCUGGGGCCCCCACUCCGUGCUGCUCUUAGUGCUCGCAGCCGUUGCGCUCCUCGCCUUCCUUUCCGCCCUCCGCACGCGCCUCGACCACUCCCCCCUUCCACAUGCACCCUCCAGCGCCCCUUCUCCCGAACGCCACAGCCGCCAUUCCAGCUACCGGCGGCGGCUGGAGACUCGGCGGGGCAAUCCGGGGCGGAAGACGGUGCGGCUGCACGCGGCGACGGCGGAGGCGAACCCGCGGCUGGCGCACAUCACGUUCGACCCGCUCGUGGCGGAGAUGGAGGCGCAGCAAGACGACCGCGCGUGGGAGCAGGCGCAGCUCCGCCGGCGCGGGGAGGAGGUCCGCGUGGCGCACGGGGGCAAGACGCGCGGAGAGGGUGACGCGGGUGGCGAGCAGAGAGGGGGGGGAGAGGAAUCGAGGAUUGAAGCGGCGGACGAGGAGUUGAGGCGACUGGAGGAGAACCCCAACCCAGAGGCGGGCGAGCACAAGGUGAAUGUGACGAACCGGCUGAGAGCGCUCUUCCCGCUCAUUGAUAGUGACGACAGGGACGGUCUCGUGUCCCUCAGUGAACUCGCCAUGUGGCAGGUGCAGCAGGGGCAGCGGAGCAGUGAGCGGCGCACGCGGAGGGAGAUGCAGAUGACGGACAGCGAUGGGGACGGCCGGGUGUCGCUAAAGGAGUACCUGCACAACGUCACACCGGGGGACGAAGUGCACGUGGAGGGCGACGAUGACAUGGCUGAGUUUGUGAAGAUGACCAGGGAGCGCUUUGCACUGGCGGACGCGGAUGGUGAUGGGCUGCUCAACGAGGAGGAGUUCAACGAUCUGCUGCACCCAGAGGACAGUCAAAACGAGAAGCUUAUAGACUCCGUCCGAGAUGAGGAGCUCAGGGCACGGGACACAGACGGGGACAUGCGGCUGUCGUUUGAGGAGUUUCUGGAGAGCGUGUAUGAUGAGGUGGCGCAGUUUGAUGAGGAGUACGUGCGCUGGGAGGCGCACCGCUAUGACGUCGCCAGCGAGGACUACGUGCCGCCCGACUUGGCACGUGGAAGCAAGGCCAUGGAGCAUAUGAGCGCUGCGGAGAAGCGGGCUCAUGCACGCACGCGGUUCGAUCAAACGGAUGCGAAUCAUGAUGGGUACCUGGAUGCGAGCGAGUUUGAGGACCUGCUGUACGCCAUCGUGCCCAACGAGUACCACUUUGCGGAGGAGCAAGCCAAGCACAUGAUGAUGGAGGUGAGCACAUGA